AUGUACAAUGUCGUGAGUGCAUUGGAUGCGCCCUAUGACCAGAUUAGUGAUGCAUUAGUGAUGCAGAUAUUUCGCAUCGCCUGGGAAUCCCAUCCCCAACCAAUCGCUAAUCCCAACCUAACGACAUGGUGGGAGUAUUUCCAGCCUUCGCGGGAUUUACACCAGCAUUACCACCCCUGGCUCAUUGAAUUUCUAAAACGAGCAUACUACCUCCCCGAUGCCCCUGAGUUUUUCUACUACAUCCAUGGCCUGAGUGAGCCACGAAACCUGAUCGACGUGGACUUCAAUGAGACAUUCGAGGCGCAGGAUUGCUACGUGCUUCUCCACCAGGCCACUCCAUGGCAGGGCGGAGAUGAAUGGGGAAUUUUUAUUGAUCAGAUCACAUGUCAAGCAGUGUUUGUUGAGGAUUUGAACUAUCACAACCCGAUCUACAAUGUUGGAUGGGGUUUCCGACCCCUCGAGGAUAUUUAUACUGCCUAUCUCCAGAUGAUCGUGGAAUCGAAGGUUCAAAGAGUCCCGCGGCAGCUGCCGUUCGUUGACCUUGAUGAUAAUAGAGUGGGCCCUUGGAAUUUGUGCGCGUAUACGCAAGCCGAUGUUUGCAAGGCAGCUGAGGCCUUCCAAUCUUUUCUGAACGAAAUCAAGGGCCGGCUUCCGGCAUCAACAACCGAGAAUAGAAUGAGACAGCCGCUUCCUUGGUCCCAUUCCAGUGUCCGUACCGAGGCCUCUAUCGCACCCAACAGUUUCGUUGAUGCCUUCUGCCGCGCCACCACAGCCGGUACCAAUACAAACCCCGGGAUCAAGUAUAUCGCGCCUGGUAUCCGCCUCCCCACAGCGGAAGAGUUCCCUGCUAUCCAGCCCUUCCGCGAGUCCAGUUUUGCCGAUGAUGAAUCCGCCUGCCCAAUUUUGCCGACCCUGCUUUUCAUCGCCGAGGGAGAAGAGGGCGAAGUUGCGUUGACAGUCCCGGACCCAGGAAUCAAGCUCAACUCACUUGUCCGUCGUAAGUUCUCUUCCGGUGGCGCUCAACCCCGGCCAGCAGGGCUCUACCUCAGUGGCGAUGAUCGCGCACAUACCCCUUUUGAGAACGGAUGCCACCUGCUCUUACCCUUCGGGGUCGGUCGAAACCGGUGGGCGCGCCGCAGCGACAAUACAUACAUGGGAAAAGGAUGGGACCGGGAAUAUGAUAUCCAGACGGCAGAUCAGAAUUCCGAGCUGUACCAGAGUGUGUUUAACGGAAUGGUGCCGCACCGGCAUGUUCUGCUGCAUAUAGUGUUGAGUCACUGGGCGGAGCAGGUGAAAACCGGGAGGUGGAGGGUUGGUGAGACUGGUGUGAUGAGAGAGAUUGGGGUUUGGCGAGAGGCGGAUACAGAGCAGGGGUGGAAGAUGUAUUGGGUGCCCUCGACUUGGUAG